AUGGACUCCUCAAGGGCACAUAGCCGUAUCUCAAAGACUCUCGCUCAUUUCCAGCCUCAUAAAAAUAAUGGCCAUGACGCGGUUAGCUCUACUUCGAAUCUGUGUGCUGCUGGCAAACGUUUAACAAAAUUAUCUCGAUCAUGUGCAGGAAUGGUUGCCAUUGUAACUGGAGCUGCAUCAGGAAUGGGGAAGGCUACAGCUGAACUAUUUGCUGAUGAGGGCAUCUUCGUUGCAUGUGUAGACUUGCAUACUGAUCAAAUCCAGAAAGUUGUUGAUGGAAUUAACGAGGUUCAUCCAAAUCGAGCUAUUGCUUUCACACUGGAUGUGCGAGACAAGGAUGGUUUGAAGAAGCUUGUGGAGGAUGUCGUGUCGGCAUGGCAUAGAUUGGAUAUUAUCAUUAACAAUGCCGGUGUUGGGAUUCCAGGUGGUGCUCAGUCUGCCGAGGACAAGUUCUUGCAUUCGUGGAAUACAACCAUGGAUGUCAACUUGAAUGCUCACAUCUUCCUGAUCCGCGCUGCACUACCACACUUAUUAAAGUCACCAAGUGCUAGAGUCGUCAACAUCGCAUCUACAGAAGCAUUCGUUGGAACCGGAAAUCUUGCAGCCUACACGGCAUCAAAACACGGUGUUGUCGGACUGACAAAAUCCCUGGCUGCUGAAUUGGGAUCCAAGGGAAAUAUAACAUUCAACGCUAUCUGUCCUGGACCGAUACACACCGGCCUGACACAAUUCCUGGAAACUGACGAGAAGGAACGAUAUGCGAGACGAAGAGUUCCAAUUGGGAGGUUUGGACACCCUGAAGAGGUCGCUCAUGCCACGCUGAGUUUGUGCCUGCCUGCAGCAAGCUAUAUCAAUGGAACUACGCUCGUCGUGGAUGGUGGAAUGAUAAUCAGGCAUGCGUUUGAUAGACAGGACCGGUAA